AUGGACAAUGGCGAGGUACAGUUUUCAGUGGUAGGAGAAGCUCCAGAAGCUAUUACAAGGAGGAAUAACAUGUGCGAAGAAAGUGUGUGUCGUGAAGUGACAAUAAACCUACCGCUUGAAAACAUUAAAUAUUGCCCAGUGUGUGAAUUAGUGCAUAAAUCAAUUGGUUUCUUAAAUCUCAAAGACUUAAAAACACACCUAAAUGAACAACACGGUGAAGUGAAAACAAAGUGGCAGUGUCGCAGUUGCAAAAAGUGUUUUCCCGGUGCCCAUAACUGCGUCUGUUAUAUCCCAAAAUGCAAAGGAGUACAAGAAACCAUGGAAAAAAACUUUAUUUGCGAAGAAUGUUCGGAAUCAUUCGCCACGAAGAGGGGCCUGUCAAUACAUGAGCUGCAUAGACACCCGCAAACAAGAAAUGACAAAAGAGCAGAAGAAUGCGCACCACGCACCCGUGCACGUGGUCGCAAAAACUAUUUGUGGACGAAUGAAGAAAUAAAUAAACUAAUUGAAUUAAACGAAAGGUUUAAAAACGAAAGAUAUCCGAACGUCAAGAUUCAAGAAUUCUUUCCAUCGAAGACGAUAAAGCAAAAGAGUAAUAAAAGAAAAGAUCUACGAACCGCGGAAAGACAAACCGUGCGCGGCAACCAGAACAUAAACAUAAGCACGGCCUCGAUCGAGAAUUAUUCACCGCGUUACACUGGGCCUUUAGAAGAGGUUUUAAUGGAAACAAACGAACCCGAAGCAACUCAAAAUGAGUACGAAGAACAAGAAGAAACGUGGCACAACGUGAUGCUUCGAGAAGCACAGAAUGUGACGCUCCCUGAAAACAACGAUUUCCAUGAGUGCAUUAAGGAACUGGAUCUAGCACUGCAAGAUAUAAUCACGAACCAAAACCUCGAAUUAAACAAGAAAAUUGAUAAAUGGAUAAACGACACACUAAAUCCAAAACUUCUAAAUAUCGGAAGUAAAGAGCACUGUAACGGAAACAGCAACGAACCAGACUCGCGCGCGAAACGUAACGGAAGUAAGAAGAACAAGAGGAAUCACAACGCACGCGCUAGAUACGGAUUCGCCCGCUGUCAGGAACUUUUCACGAAGUGCCCAAGGAAGCUGGCAGAAAUAGCAAUAAGUGGAGACUUUUCUGCCGUUGAGAUGCACAAGGAACUACCGACAGCUACGGAAAUCAGGCAACUAUAUAACGAACUUUGGGGCAAGAAUGGACCCGCAUCAAGAAAUAAUGAAGCCUGGGAAGCACCAGUUCCGGAUAUUGAAGCAUGCCCACCAUUCACAGUCCAAGAAAUAGAGAAAAGAAUAAAUAAAAUCAAAAAUGGGACAGCAGGUGGGCUCGAUCAAAUAACGAAAGUGCAUCUAAAGAAGAAUGGCGCUGCUGAAGUCGUUACAAAACUCUUCAACAUCCUGAUGCUCCUGAAUCACUACCCAGAACCAUGGAAAGAGCAAUGGACUUUAGGAUAA